AUGCAACAGACGGCCCGGGAUGAAGGCAGGCACCCCUGGCAGGAGCCGCUCGGGAGCGUCAGCGUCUGCCUCCCCUUCCGCUGCCCGCGAUGCGGCGACCACAGCAGGUUCAGGAGCCUCUCCGCUCUGCGGGCGCACCUGGAGUACAGCCACAGCUACGAGGAGAGAAGCCUGCUGACCAAGAGCAGCCGGUAUUCACCCCUGAAAGACGCGGAGCUGCUCUCCCCGCCGGAGCCCGCCACCCCGGGCAGCCUGGGGAGCCCCGGCAGCGCCUUACAGCAAAAAGGGUCCUACCUGAAUUUUUGCGAAGCGUCCUGCGAGAGCGCGACGCGCGGGCAGCCUCUGGAGGUGGAAGCUGAACGGCCCGUCUCCUUCGUUGCAAACUAUGUGUCGGCUGACUCCCCCGGUGAGCAGGUUUCUAAACCCGGCCUCCCGGCCACGGACUCCAAAGCCUCCUUCGAGGCGCACGUCAGAGAAAAGUUUAACAGGAUGGUAGAGGCCGUGGACAAAACGAUUGAGAAGCGAAUCGACAAGCUUACCAGAGAGCUGGCCCAGAAGACGGCGGAGCUGCUGGAGGUGCGGGCGGCUUUUGUGCAGCUGUCCCAGAAGAAGCAGGAGGUGCAGCGACGGGAGCGGGCCCUGAGCAGGCAGGUGGAUGUGGCAGUGGAGAUGAUCGCAGCCUUGAAGCAGCGCCUCACCGAGUCCGAAGAGGAGCUUCACCGCAAAGAGGAAGAAGUUGUUACUUUCAACCACUUCCUGGAAGAAGCAGCAGAAAAAGAAGUGCGGGGAAAAGCCAGGCUCCAGCACUUCAUUGAGAACCUGUUGCAGCGCGUGGAUCUGGCAGAAAGGCAGCUAGAAUAUUACCAAAAUCAGCAGAUGGUGUGCAACCACACCGACAUCAGUGAGCACGUGGUAAGCCAGCAGAAUCCUACCCUUCAUUGUCACCCACCACCGGAGGGAGAGUACUUGAGUUUGAAUUUUACAGACAUUUCAUUAAAUAAGAAACCCAGAUGCCUGAGCCGAGGAAGUCAACACGCUUCGUAUAACAUCCCUGACACAAAGCCUCAUUCCUUUCAAAAAGGAAGAAUCUUGUUGAAAAAAGCAAAGGAUGAAAAAAACAGCUUGCAGCCAGUGAAAUGCUUCUAUGAACCUGUUGAUUGCUCAAGAGAAAUAUGGCGAGCACAAAAGAAAGGUGAACCAGUCUGCUCUGCCAGGAAAGUGAGCGCAAAAUCCAAGAUGGGUAAAAAGGCCAAACCGCUGUAGGAAAUGUUAGCAAUAUAUAGUGACGCAGGAGCUUGGCUUCAACAGAACAAAUAUUGAAUGAAGUUAAUUGUCCUACUUUUUCCUAUCCAUCUGGCCAUGCCAAAACAUAUGAGAUAUACUAUAUAGAAAUAUAUACAGUAUGGAAGAUUUAUAUUAUUUAAUAAUGCCAUUCCCUCUUCGGGCGCUAUAAGAGAAGUGACAUUUUAUUCAGUUUACAUGGAGGUUUUUCUAUUUAUUUAUUUAUUAUUUAUAGAGCUUAUUUUAACUGACUGCAUUUAUCUUGCUGGGCAGUACUGUGGCUGUAUGUUUAAUUA